UGCUUGGCCGUUGGCUGGUCCUUACCAGUAACUUCCUAGUUCGAGAGGCCCUAUGGGGAUCACGAUUGGUUCUUCACCCCACCUCUGACGCACCGGUCGUAGGUUAAGGAUGGUGUUGAGACGUGACCUCCCGAGCAAGGCGACGAUUUUCCGUGCGAAGAGGGCAAAGUCCCCCCACCCUUUGUUUGACCGGGCGAGCACCGUUUAUCCACACUCCAUUCUGAGAUUCUAUUUACCCCUUCCUUGGCGCCCCUAAAUUGCGUUGUAUCCCGGUGUAUAUCUUGACCCAAGUUUGGGCCCAGAAGAUCCAUCCAUCCCACGCCAUCCCUUUCCCGCCCGUCUCUUGUUUCUAUCAGAGCCCAUCAGUACAUUCUUUCAUCAUCACCAGCUCCGCUGAGAUUUUCCGCACAUUACAUCACCCGAAGGCAGGAUCUUCGCACCUCAAACGAUCUCGGUACAGCCGGUACGGCAGGUCAACCGAAGGGUGAACCACAUCUACAAUACACUUCUCACAACUAUCUAUCAGAAUACCGGAGUAUCUUGCAUCUGCAUCCACAGACGCCAUGCAGCUGUCCUCGGCAAGAUUGGGGACGCCAUCCAAUGGGCUGCAGACCCCUGAAGGACGGGACCGCACGUCCUAUGCUACAGAUCGACCAGACAUUCCUACCCCCAUCUCUUUCAAGUCAGUAUCUUUCGAUAUGCGAGAAGGGGAUAGUCUCCCAUUGGAUAGCGGCCCCUCCCAUAUACCCCUCAGUGCGGCACUUCUCGCAUGGCGACUUCUUAUCGCCAGAUCGGGCGAGGAAGAUGCCGUUGAUGCCAUCGCAAUAGGCCGAUGGCCCACCCAACCUGCAGACUUCCCGCCCUCUGCCCCAUCGACCGCAACAUUCCAGGUUACCAUCCCCAAGCCACCGCUAGCUGUCGAUCGUCGUGUUACCGAGACGUGUGAUGAGAUACGUAGAGGACUGGAACAGUCCCUGCAGCAGUCACAUGGUCAACUGGGAACUCAAGUCGGGAUAGAUACCACCCUAUGCUUCUCAGAUGCGCCUGCGGCAGAGAACGUGGAACAGCAUUGCAGUGGGAAUGGCACUAAGGUGCAGUCAAUUUGGAGGGUAUGUCUACAGCUGGCCGCAGUCGGGGAUGAGCUGCGCAUAGUUAUGCAGUGGCAGUCAAGCUACAUGACCGAGACGCGCGCAGAAAAUGGCUUGCAUCUCUUCAGGACGUAUCUGGCGGCCAUUCUCGAACAGACAAGAGUAUCGGCGGCCUGCUCCAAAGCCCAGCAGUCCUCGCCCAAGACUGUGUGGGACUUGAUAGGUCCUUCAACAGAGGAUCUAAGCCAGAUCUGGAAUUGGAACGCAGCUGUCCCGCCCACAAUCAACCGCUGCAUCCACGACCUCGUCUCGGACCAGUGCGUCGUGGCCCCCGACAAGGUCGCUGUAGAGGCCUGGGAUGGCACCUUCACCUACCGCGAGGUCGAUGCGCUCAGCACCAUCCUAGCCCGCCAGCUGCGCUCGUCCGCCGGAGUUCAUGUCGGCGAUAUUGUCGUCCUGGUGUUUGAGAAGUCGCGCUGGACUACACCUGCUUUACUUGGCGUUCUCAAAGCUGGCGCCGCCUUUGCCCUCACCGACCCGUCGCAGCCGGAAGCCCGUCUGCGGAGUAUCGUGGCGCAGACCCGCGCCCGCGCCGUCGUGUCGUCCGAGCUGCAAGUCGGCCUUGCGACGCGCAUAUCUCAUGAUGCCAACAAGGAUAAUGGCGGCAAGCCGGCCAAGGUCCUUGUCGCCUCAGACGCCACGUUGCUUGAGCACGCCGGCUGGGGCUUCGGCGCCUCGGCCAUGUUCCUACCUGUAGUGCCACCUUCGAGCCCCAUGUACGUGAUAUUUACGUCGGGCAGCACGGGCAUACCCAAGGGCGUCGUGUGCAGCCACGCCAAUUUCGUUUCGGGGGCGUUCCCGCGCGCCAAAGCCGUCGGUUACAGGAGCUCCAGCCGCGUCUUCGAGUUUGCGAGCUACGCCUUUGACGUCAGCAUCGACUGCAUGCUGUGCACGCUCAUGGUCGGCGGCACCGUCUGCGUCCCCAGCGAGGCCGGGCGCGUCGAUGACCUCGGCGCCGCCAUACUGGCCAGCGGGGCAAACAUGGCCCACAUGACGCCCAGCGUCGCCCGGGUGCUGUCGGACUCGGAGCGCGUCAUGCGCGCCCUCGAUGUUCUCGGUCUGGGCGGCGAGGCAGUCAGUGCUGGUGACGCUGCGGCCUGGAGUAGGCUGACCAAGGUCAUCAUUGCGUAUGGGCCCAGCGAGUGCACCGUCGGUUGCACCAUCAACGACGAGGUGUGUGCAGCAAACACCACGAUCGGCAAAGGCAAGGGUGCCGCGACAUGGAUCGUGGACCCAGAGGACCACGACAGGCUAAUGCCAGUGGGGUCCGUCGGCGAGCUGCUCGUCGAGGGCCCAGUCGUCGGGCUAGGCUAUCUCGGACAGCCAGACAAGACUGCCGAAGUCUUCAUCAGCGACCCCACCUGGCUUGUCGAGGGCUACGCAGGCAAGGCGCCAGGCCGCAAAGGGCUGCUAUACAAAACGGGGGAUCUUGUCAAAUACGAUCCCAACGGCUUCAUCGUGUUCGUCGGUCGGAAGGACCAGCAGGUCAAGCUUCGCGGCCAACGGGUGGAGCUGUCCGAGAUCGAGCACCACCUCAGGGGCAAGCUCCCCCACGGCGUCAAGAUUGCUGCCGAAGUCAUCAAGCCGGGCGGAGCAGACCCAACACUGGUCGCUUUUGUCAGCGAACCACUGGCGGCCUCUCCCAAGCUUGAGGGAAUAUCCAAGAAGAGACCACAAGAUGCAACAGCCAGGUUUUCCUCGGACCUGGCUGCGAUCCUGGCGGAUAUGGACAACCUACUCGGCGAGGAGCUUCCCCGCUACAUGGUUCCAACGGCGUACAUACCACUCAAGGAAAUGCCAGCGCUGCCGUCGGCAAAGACUGACCGCAAGAAACUGCGGGCGCUUGGGAACGCCAUGUCCCGCGAAGAUAUUGCCAAGCUGCGGCUUGUGAAUGCCGUCUCCACAAAGCCCACAACAGACAUGGAAAAGGCGCUUCAGGGGUUAUGGAGAAAGACGCUCAACACAGAUCUAGAGAUCGGCCUCGAGGAUAGCUUCUUCGGAGUUGGGGGAGACUCUCUCCGGGCGAUGAAGUUGGUGUCUGCUGCGAGGGCGGAGGGUAUCGUCCUCACGGUUGCAGAAGUCUUCAUCCAUCAUACCCUCAAAGCCAUGGCGGCCGUUGCAGUCGCCGACAAGGACUGUGCCAUGUCCAGGGCUGUCGAAGUGGCCCCAUUCUCCAUACUCCCAUCAGACUGGGACCUUGAGUCUGCACGCAAGGAUGCCGCCGCUCUCUGCGAAGACGUCGACGAGUCAAUGAUCGAGGACAUGUACCCGUGCACCCCACUGCAAGAGGGCCUCAUGGCGCUUUCGGCUAAGUUCCAGGACUCGUACGUUGCCCAGCGCGUGUUGCAGCUUGCCGAUGCUGCCGAGGCCAAGCGCCUUGCAGACGCAUUCGAGUGGGCGUGUCGAGAUUGCGCCAUCAUGCGCACCCGCAUCGUGCAGUUGCCUGGCCGGGGUCUACUGCAGGUCGUCAUCAGGGAAUCCUCGAUCCGGUGGCGCUCCGGCAAGACGGUGGAGGAGUACCUAGAGUCAGAUCACGGCGAGCACAUGGACCUCGGCAAGCCGCUCGUUCGCUACGGGCUGGUGCACCACGACGACAGCACGGUUGCUUUCAUCCUCACCAUACAUCAUGCGCUCUACGACGGCUGGUCUAUGCCCCUUGUGGUUGACAGGGUCAAUCGCUCAUGGGAUGGCUUGCAGACGGAGAGGCCGGCCGAGUUCAAACACUUCAUCAAGUUUCUUGAAACCGUCGAUAAGGAGGCGUGCGAGGCGUACUGGCGCCGGCGGUUGGACGGCGCAACGGGCCUGCAGUUCCCGCCCCUGCCUUAUGAGGGCUACACGACGCAGGCGGACUCGCUCAUAGAGCGUCAUAUCCCAGUGGCGGCGCGUGACAACUCCCACUCAUCCACGUCAUCCCCGACCGCAGCAAUCACCAUGGCCACCAUCUUCCGCGGCGCCUGGGCCCUCGUGGCCUCGCAGUACAUCGGGGGCGCCGACGACGUCGUCUUUGGGGAGACGCUGACGGGACGCAACGCGCCGGUCGCGGGCGCCGACCUGAUCGAGGGGCCGAUGAUAACCACGGUUCCCGUCCGGGUCCGCGUCGACAGGCACGCCACCGCGGCCGAGUACCUCGCCGCGAUCCAGGACGAAGGGGUGCGACAGAUGGAGCACGAGCACACGGGCCUGCAGCACAUCCGCAGGGUCAGCCCGGAUGCGCUCGAGGCGUGCGAGCUGCGGACGGGCCUGGUGCUGCACCCUCCCACCGGGGAGGCGGGGUCCCCAUCGCUGUGCCCCGCCGAAGGGCUGAUGCCGGCGGAUGACGCCGGGGCGGCGCGCGAGGCGCUCACGUUCAACACGUUUGCCCUCAUGCUGGUCUGCUCGAUCGCCGCUGAUGGGUUCCUCGUCAUGGCCAGCUUUGACUCGAGGACGGUGGACUCGGGGACGAUGGAGCGCGUGUUGCAACGGAUGGAUCGCUGCAUUGCGGAGCUGUACCGAGGGCUUGAGAAUGGGACCAAGAUUGCUGGGAUCUUGACAUCUGUCGGCUUCGACGAUGUCAACGAUGAGUUUGACGAGCUGGCAUCCCUGAGCAAGAACGGCGCAGACGGCUUGGGCUUCGACAAGCCGGAGCACAUUUGGCUGGUCGACCCGCAGGACAGCCAGCGCCUCGUUCCCAGAGGCGCGGUGGGCGAGAUCCUUGUCGACAGUACUACUCAGCUGAAUCUGCCAUCAGUCGAAAUUCCGGCCUGGUACACCAAGAUCACCUCUGAGCAGCCAGAGAGGGCCGUUUACCUCCACGUUACCGGACAACUUGCUCGAUACGAUGGCGAGGGAAAGCUGGUAGUUCUCGCUCGUAAAGAGGACAGAGCUUCAUCCUCCAAGGGGAAGCCAGACAGCAACGAGACAAAGGAGGAACAAUCCAGCAGCAUCACGUCAGCGACCCUUUCGUCCAAGGAGUCUAAUGUCCGUGAACUGUGGGCCGAUAUCCUGCACAUUGAUGCGGCGAGCAUCGACCGAGAGGACAACUUCUUCCGCCUCGGCGGCGACUCUAUCGCAGCCAUGAAGCUGGUGUCGGAAGCCCGCCCGGCAGGUCUCAAGCUCACUGUGGCUCAGAUAUUCAAGACCAAGACCCUCGCGGCCAUGGCCGAGAUGGCCGAAGAACUGCCGACAUGCAUAACAUCGGACCAGGGCCCAACGAAGGACGCAGCAGCAGCAGCGAACACGGCCCCUAUCCCCUUCUCUCUCCUAGAUGUGACCAGCGUCAGCGAAUUCCUCGAGCAGCAAAUCCAGCCUCGCCUGGCAAACAAGCACUGGAAGAUCGACGAUGUGCUUCCGACACGCCCGCUACAAGCGAUUGCAGUCAAGGGGAGCACCGACAAUCCGCGCUUCUCCAUCCGGUACGAGGCUCUGUACUUUGACGACAACACAGGGCUAGAUAAGGCCCGCUUGGUCCAGAGCUGCCAGGAGCUGGUCAGUCGCAAUGAGAUCCUGCGCACGGUCUUUGUCGACGACGAGAAGGGGGUUUGCUACGGCGUGGUACUGGAGAACCUUGUCGCCGAUGUCGAAGAGUAUGUUCUUCCCCAAGGCGGUUCGGACAUGCAGGCCUUUGUGCACCAGCUCUUCAACAACGACAUCGGAGGGAGCAUCCCCGAGGGCUCCGCUUUCGUAAAGUUCUUCCUCGUCGAGGCCGGAUCCGAGGCCGGCUCGCGCGGGGCUCUUGUGAUGCGCAUCUCGCACGCGCAGUACGACGAGAUCUGCCUCCCCCUACUCCUCCGCCAGCUCGCGACGCUGUACAAGGGCGGCGGCUCGGACGCGGCGGCGGACCAGCUGGUGCCAUUCUCCGUCUUUGUGCAUCAUACCCUGCGUGUGGCCAACCCAGCCAGCGCCGGCUACUGGGCCGACCUCCUCGCCGGCUCCCCGCCCCCGACGGUGCUGCGGCCGGGGCGGGCCGACGUCCCCGCCGGGGAACGCGCCCAUUUUGCCGUCCAGCGCACGGCCGACUUCUCCACGGCCGCGUCACCCGGCGUCACGGCCGCGACGUUCCCGACGGCGGCGUGGGCGCUCUGCCUCGCGCGGCGCACGGGCCGGCGCGACGUGCUCUUCGGCGAGGUGGUCUCGGGCCGCGGCGGCGGGCUCGAGGGAGCCGGCCGCGUGGCGGGGCCGUGCUGGCAGUACGUGCCCUUCCGCGUCCGGCUCUCGCCCGACGACACCCCGACGGGCGCGGCGCUGCUCGAGCUCGUGCAGGCGCAGCACGCGGCCGGGUCGGCGCACGAGGGCAUGGCGCUGCCCGAGAUGGUGGCGGCGGUGGUAGCGGGACUGGGCUGGGAGGCGGACUGGUUCGACACGGUGGUGCACCAGGAUGUGGAGCACGUCGAGGACCUCGGGUUCGGGGCGGCGGCGGGCCUGGAGGCGCAGGGGCAAGGGCUGGGCGCCAGGACCGAGACCAUCUACCCGCACCAGGAGCCGCUGCGCGAGUGGAAGGUGCAGGCGUUGGUGGCCGAGGGCGGGACGAGGUUGACGAUGGAGAUUGUGACGUUUGAGGCGUGGCGGGACGAGGCGGUCGAGCUGCUGGAUGAGCUGAUGGGGUGUGUUGAGGAAUUGGUGUAUAGACCAGGUGAUGCUCUUGUUUUUCCUUGAUUGUUAUUUAGGCAUACAAUGUCUGGGGAGUUGGUUUCCGAAAUCAUCGCAUAGCCCUUUUCCUCCCCAUCUCCCUCCAUUCCCCGCCCUACGCGACACGGAACGUGAGGACGAUCUGGCUGUCGAGCUGAGGACGAGCUUUUGUGGGGCGAUGACGCGGUCAGCCAAAUUUGUGGUGGAGUUGCGCUUUCCAGGACCCAGGAUCCAGGGUCUCAACACAUUGACGGUCAUCACCGGUCUCGAAGUGUCAUACACAACGGUCUCGAAGUGUAAUACACAUUAAGUUCGACACUAAGCGGAGAGGUGAAGCCAAGCCUCUGCAUACACGACGUGAUAUUGGCCAAAUCAGAGAAAAAAAAUAAACCAUAACUAGUUAAGCUCCUAUCAAACAAGAUGCACCGGGAGAUGCCGUCUUCCCGCGCAAGGGUCAGCUCCACAAAGAUGGUCGUGUUCGGCAUAUGUCCUAGAGAGAUGCCGUUUUUUAUCCCUUAAUGGUAG